CACCCAUUCACUGCAGAGGAUCCAUUGCUGAGCAAGUGAUGUAAUGCUACAUUUCUCCAAAUCUGAUGAAGAAGCAAACUCAUCUCCAUCGUAGAUGGCCUGAGGGAGAGAAGUGUGUGUCUAAGUGCCAUUAUGCCAUGGCAUCUCUGGGCGCCUCCUUUGUGCAAAUCAAAUUCGAUGACAUCCUCUUCCACGAGAACUGCGGCGGCGGGAGUUUUGGGAGCGUGUAUCGCGCCUGCUGGCUCUCGCAGGACAAAGAGGUGGCGGUGAAAAAGCUUCUGAAGAUUGAAAAAGAGGCAGAGAUUUUAAGUGUUCUCAGUCAUCGAAACAUUAUCCAGUUUUAUGGAGCCAUUCUGGAAGCGCCCAACUAUGGAAUUGUUACAGAGUACGCCAGUGGUGGAUCUCUGUUUGACUAUCUGUCCAGCGCUGAGAGUGAAGACAUCAGUAUGAAGCAGAUUAUGACCUGGGCAAUGGACAUCGCUAAAGGCAUGCAUUAUCUGCACGCCGAGGCCCCGUUUACUGUCAUUCACAGAGACCUCAAGUCCCGAAAUGUUGUGUUGACAGCAGAUUCAGUACCCAAGAUCUGUGAUUUCGGGGCGUCUAAGUUUCAUUCUCACACCACCCACAUGUCUCUUGUGGGCACGUUUCCCUGGAUGGCCCCUGAAGUCAUCCAGAGCCUUCCAGUGUCUGAGACCUGUGACACAUACUCGUAUGGAGUGGUCCUGUGGGAGAUGUUGACUCGUGAAAUUCCCUUCAAAGGUCUGGAGGGGCUGCAGGUGGCCUGGCUGGUGGUGGAGAAGAACGAGAGGCUGACGAUUCCCAGUAGCUGCCCAGCCAGCUUUGCCUGUCUGAUGAGAAGCUGCUGGGUGACAGAACCGAAAGACAGGCCGCUAUUCAAACACAUCUUGUCCACGCUGGAGUCCAUGUGGAACGACAGUCACUUACCUGAAGAGUGCAACACUUUCCUGCACAAUAAAGCAGAGUGGAGGUUUGAGAUUGAGGCAACUCUAGAGCGUCUGAAGCGGCUGGAGAGAGAUCUGAGCACCAAAGAACAAGAGCUGAAAGAAAGAGAGAGACGGUUAAAGAUGUGGGAGAGAAAGCUCAUCGAGCAGUCCAACACACCGUUCUUACUUCCUCUGGCGGCAGCAUUAAGCUCAGAGAUAUUUUUUGACUCAAGUGUGGAGGAGGACUUGAGUUCAGAUGGAGAGCUGCGGGCCAUCAUGUGGGAUUUUGAUCAGAUGUUUCCUCUGGAUUUUCCAUCAGUUCCUCUGGACCCACUGGCCAAUCUCAACUCCUCCAAGACCUGCUCGCUUAGACAGGGACGCAAAAUCACCAUGCCUUUGAGCUUAGCUGCGUUUGACUCGUCUGAUGACAGUAAUUAGGACCCCAAGAUACUGUAUUGGGGUGACUGCUAAUUUUACCUACCCCAUCCACCUUUUUAUUAGAAAGCCUACUGUUUUAAGUUAAGGGAGACACUUACAGUGUGGGGACAUAUUCCUUAUCUGUUGGUUUGACUGGAUGAGCUGUAUAUUUUCCUUUUUCUUAUUCUAUUUUCAGACAGGAAAAUAAAGUAACACUUGGUAUUUUAAUGUGAUGUAAUAUACUGUAACAAGAAUAUCUGUGGCAAGAGUUCUUCUUACUCCACUGCAUCUUUUCCCUCUGAUUAUUUUCAUUUUUUUCCUCUGUAGCGGUAUGAAAAAAGACAAUAUAUACUGCAAUUUGUGGUCUGCUCUCUUGAUUUACAGAGUUGGCCAAAAUUGUUAGAACACCUGACAGAUAUUUUUUUGCCUCCAAAACAUGAUUUCAUUUCAUAAUGUUCAUGAAACAUGCAGAUGGUUGCUCUGAGCACUUUAGCUUGUGUCUGUAUAUUUCCUGAGAACUUCAACUCUAUUGUUAUCCCAUGCCUUCUGCAACUCAAGCCAAAGACUUUCCUUUGAAUGUACAAUAGAUCUAACUUGCCUCAAAUUUGCUUGAUGGGGUUGAGGUCCGAUCUUUGAUGGGGCUAGUCCAUCAUUUUCAGUGUUCCAACAGAUUCCUUCCGUCGCAGGUAGUUCCAGCAGUAGUUCGUUUUAUGGAUAUUGUAAUGGACAACUGAAACCUCUUAAAUAUGACAAGUGUUCUAACAAUUUUGGCCACCACUGUAGUUUGCAAUAUAAACUGUGAAUAAUGAACUGGAAUCUCUUUAUUUUUCUCCCCAAAUCCUCACUUCUCUUUCCAGGAUUGUUGAGACAUGGUAGCCCUAGUAAAAAAAAAAAAAAGUAAUAUAUUUUAAAAUACUCAUAUUUAAUACUAAGUAUAGUUAAAAUCUGUUAACAUAUUUACUGACAUAUCGCUUGAGACUUACUGAUAUAAAAAUUAUAAUUAAACUUUAUUUGGAGUACUACAUGUGCACAAUGCAUAUUUCUUAAUAUUAAGCCUAAAAUGUGUUUUAAUGUCACUGUUGAUGAGGACUGUAUGAUCUUUGAAUAAUAUCAGUCUUUAAAUGCAAGAUAUUUAAAGUGUAUCUGAAGUAUACUUGCAAUAGUUCCACUUUAGCACAAUCAAAUAUACUUCAGUAUAUAUUUAUUUCAGCACUACUUCCACACAAUCAAAGUGCAUUAAGUGCAAAAUUAGUUCUUCAAAUUCAGCAGAAUUUAAGUAUACCAGUUUAGUAUACUAAGAGUACAACUGCAGGGUAUUUUUAUUAAGUACAUAAAUAUGUAAAUGUAUUUGCAGUAAACUUAGCAUGGAAAUACAUUUUAGUGUAUUUAUUUUUCACUAGGGGAUGCUUUAUAAUGUAAUUGUCUUUUAAUUUCUGUUCCCUAUUAGCAGUGUUUCCUGAAAUGUUUCUAAAAUAGUUAAAUACAAUAUUUAUCAUGUCAAAAUGAAGGAAAUUUCUUUGAACCUGUAUCACUCAAUGUUCCAGCUAUUGAACAUUUUUGAUUUUGGCAACUUAUGUUACGUCAUACAGACAUAUAUUACUACAGUGUUACUUGACACAUUUGUAAUAUUGCUGCAGAAUAAUCAAAUGUUAUGGGUUAUUCAUGGCAUGUUAAAAGUCACUUGUUCAUUCUUUUACAGUUUUACAUUUACUUUUACUGUUGGAAGGUUUAAGGAUGAGUAGAUUAAUGUGACCUUAUUGCGCCCAGUUUUUAAAAUGUUUAUUACUCUGUUCAUUUUUCUGGAUGUUACUCCCAUAAUUUGCGCAAAGCAUCAUGGGGCAUAGAAAAAGAGUGGAUAGUGUGGUUCAAAUUAAUUUCUGAAAUUAUUUGAGAAUGUGUAAUUAUGCUCUUAAAUAAAGUUCUUGCUCUUUAUUAAGCACUUAUGUUGAAAAUAUUUUAAUUUAAAAAUAUACACUAACAUUCAACAUUUUGGACACAUCUACAGUUUCUUUUGCUAUAAGUGAAUUCAUCAAAACAAACUGAUGUAACAAAUUGAAUUACAAAUACUUAUAAACAGUAUAUUCAGGUCAAUUGCUCACUCUCUUCUAUUUGAUAUCCAUUUCAACAAAUUUAUUCCAUCAUAUAAAACAACAUUUUAGUUUUUGUAAAGAAAGUCAUAAUUUACUUUUGUCUACAAAACUAAUUUGACCAUUUAAGCAAAGGUAUUUAAAGUUAUCAGUCCGAACACUGGUAGUGAAACUUGUUGUCUUAUCAAAACGAACUGGUUUUACUCAAGCUUGUUUUUAAGGUGAGUGUUUUUUGUGCUUUUUAAAUCCUUUCUGUUCUAUUGGGAACAGUAUUUGUUUGCUGGAUAAAAUAUGCAGUUUUUUAGAAUAGUUUUAAGUGGAAGUAAGUGGUCUGUCGUGUGCUGUGGAGGUUAGAGCAGUCACUUUCCUUGAUUUCCUGUAAAGGCUGUAUUAGGUGAGGCCGCUUGACGCCCACCGGGUCCUUAUAGAUGUUAUUUAUGGCAAAUGAAGUGGAUGUAUAGCCACAUGCUGAGGAGAGCGAGAGAGAACAGCAUGUCAGCGUGGCGAGGACAGCGCACACUUACGAACAACUGACAUUUCACUGACAUUAAGAUUGGCCAAUUUGAGCAGUGUGAAGACUGUGAGGAACUCGCACGCCAUCAAGAAAGAGAGAGAGAGAGAGAGAAUGAAAAACAUGAGCAAGAAAGGAUUUCAAUAUUUCUUCCAGCAGAACUGAAAUGCAUUACAUCUGUUCAUCUGAUCAGACUUUCCUCUUUACUGUUCACUCGAUAUAUCACUGAAUCCAGUUAAAGACUGGUACUCCCUUGUGAAAAAGGAGAGUUAUUAAAGUAUUUUUUUUUUAAACUGUACUUAGUACAAUGCUAUUAAUGAAAUAAAAGGCCACUUACGUAUUUAAUCAGAGUGCACCUUCAUGACUGUUUCUAAACACACUUUUAAUACGUGCACUUAUUUUGAUGUUGACAUGUAAAUCGCUUAACUGUAGCAUGUUGCUUGAUAUUACAUUUAAUGUAUUGGAAAUACAUUAAAACACAGCUUUGUCAUUACAAUGUAUAACUUCAAAUAUAUUUAUAUACAUGACAUACAAGUUUCAAGAGAAAUUACUGUAUAAAACUAUAUUUAGUUUAUCACAAAUGCUUGCCAGUACAUUCAGCAGUACUUUAACCAUAUUUCAAUGACAACAGGAUUAUGAAAUGACAUGUAAAGAUGUACUUAAGUCCUACUUAAGUGGGUCAAAAUCACUCGGAAGUUCAGCUAACUAUAUUGAAUAUAAAUUUAAAUGUUAAUACAUAUACAUUUAAUUGGAAUUAUCAAUGUCCAAAAAUAUAACAUUCAGUUUGCACAUACGUAUAAUCUUGUAAAGUAUAUUAUUUAAUAAGUACUGUUUGUUAUUUACAUUUACAUUUAUGCAUUUAGCAGACGCUUUUAUCCAAAGCGACUUACAGUGCAUUCAGGCUAUACAUUUUUAUUUAUUUUUUUAUCGGUAUGUGUGUUCCCUGGGAAUUGAACCCACGACCUUUUGUGCUGCUAACGCAAUGCUCUACCACUGAGUUGGUUCUUAAAAUGUAUAUAAAAGCCACAAUUCAGUCGUUAUAUCUGUCAUCUUAUAUAUAUAUAUAUAUAUAUA